UUGAGGGCGUCCAGCGCGCACCAGUAUCUCUAAUAGGGAGUUCUUCUGUUUUACUCGUUAUUGAGCAAAGACAGCGGCACAGCUUCACCCUGUCGGUUUGUUAUUGAGGUGCGGACUUCAUUUAAUCGCGUUCUUUAUCUCUCUUGGACGUCAGAUGUUUCUGACACCUGACAGCGGUGUGGAUCAGCUGUAGCUUCUUUUUCCAGCGGAAUUUCGCGGCGCGUAUAUUAUCGGUAACUUUUUUCCGAAUCGCAACGAUCCAUGUCGAGCGCGUUUAUUUCGGGGAAUUAACAACUUCUUGUCCUGCUGAAGAUCUCACUUGUGAUCAUGGAUAUUUAUUCCUCUAAACUAUCACCCGCUGUGGAUUAUGUAGUUGGUGUGUUCCUGCUGCUCAUUGCAAUUCUUUCAAUUGUGGGGAAUUUGAUGGUUCUUGUGAUGGCAUACAAGCGGUCGAACCACAUGAAGCCCCCUGAGCUUCUGAGUGUGAAUCUCGCUGUGACAGAUAUGGGAGCCGCUGUCACCAUGUACCCGCUGGCUGUAGCCUCAGCGUGGAACCACCAUUGGAUAGGGGGAGACAUCACCUGUGUGUACUACGGCCUGAUGGGAUUUUUCUUUGGAGCAGCUAGCAUUAUGACCCUAACAAUUAUGGCUAUUGUUCGCUUCAUCGUGUCUUUAACGCUCCAGUCACCCAAAGAGAAAAUCAGCAAAAGGAACGCAAAGAUCCUUGUGGCGACCACUUGGCUGUACGCACUGCUCUGGGCUCUUUUUCCUUUGAUUGGCUGGGGAAAAUAUGGCCCGGAGUCCUUUGGCCUGUCUUGUACUUUGGCCUGGAGGGACAUGAAGGAACAUAGCCAGUCUUUUGUCAUCACCAUCUUCCUCAUGAACCUCAUCCUCCCAGCCAUCAUCAUCAUCUCGUGCUACUCUGCUAUCGCUGUGAAACUAUACAUCACCUACAAGUCUAUGGACGACAGCAACCGCAUACCUAACAUGAUAAAGAUGCAGCGGCGGCUCAUGGUGAUAGCUGUGUUGAUCAGCAUUGGGUUUGUUGGCUGCUGGGCACCGUAUGGCAUCAUCAGCCUGUGGUCCGUCUACCGGCCCAGUGACUCAAUCCCUCCUGAAGUCAGCAUGCUACCUUGUCUGUUUGCCAAGUCGUCCACUGUAUACAACCCGUUCAUCUAUUAUAUCUUUAGCAAGGCCUUUAAACAAGAAGUCAACCAGUUGGGCCGCCUCUGUGGGAGAUCCAACAUCUGCUGUACUUCUGAUGCCAGAAACAGCCCGGAGAAUACAAUCUACCUGGUGUGUGACAUGAACAAGUCCAAAUCUGGAGCAGAGGAACAAACAAUCGAGAACAACAGGGAGAAUGAGACUCAACUGACCGAAUCAGUAGGAUCUGUGAUUUACACUCUUAAGAGUGAAUCUGUACAGAACACUGAUUAGUGGAAACUUAUGAGCUAUUUUUGACUGGUUAAAUAUAUAUAGUAAUUGUACAGUACUGUUGUGUUUGUACUUACUAGUUUUAUUGUACAUUUUUACUAAUUAAUUUACUACAGACUUGCUUUCCGCUCCCUGAUAUCUUUAUAUAGAUUAUAUAUAUUACAUAUAAUAUCUAUAGAUCAGUGUUACCGCAGUGUGUCAAAUCAAUACACCAAUUCCAACAGCACAACUAGCGCAGAACUUUGUUGUAGGAUAUACAGGUUGUUUCCCACCAUUAAUGAGAGUGUUUGCGCUGGUUCACCCUGCAGGCGCUGUCUGUCUGUGAAGCACAUGAUAUCCUGUUAUGAAAAGAACUUUUUAUUCUGAACAAUACCUGGGGAGGAACAUAAAAAUAAAGCUCUGGAGAAAAAUUAUGAGACCAUUGCAAAAUGAUCAGAUUCUCUGGUUUUACUAUUUUUAUCAUAGGUAUGUGUUUGAGUAAAAUUGACAUUUUUGUAUUAUUCUAUGAACUGUUGAAAACAUUUCUCCCAAAUUACAAAUAAAAUUUGUCAUUUAGUGCAUUUAUUUGCAGAAAAUGACAACUGGUCAAAAUAACAGACCUCAAAUAAUGCAAAGAAAACAACUUCAUAUUCAUGUUCAUUCGGCUUUAUUUGAUGGCUAGUGACCAUCCAUCUUCCUCUAGAUCCCAUUCCAGAGGUUUUCGAUGGGGUUCAGGUCUUGAGAUUGGGCUGGCCAUGACAGGAUCUCGAUCUGGUGGUCCUCCAUGUACACCUUGAUUGUCCUGCUGGAAAAUCCAAUCCUCAAGCAGAAGAAAGCUAGUUUUCUUCCAGGACAACCUUGUACAUGGCUUGAUUCAUGUACCUUUCAAAAAGAUGAAUGUGCCCCAUUCCAGCCUUGCUGAAGCACCCCCAGAUCAUUACCGAUCCUCCAACAAAUUUCACAGUGGGUGCGAGACACUGUGGUUUGUAGGCCUCUCCAGGUCUCCAUCAAACCAUUAGACGACCGGGUGUUCAGCAAAGCUGAAAAUUGGACUCAUCUGAGACGGUUCAAUCCUUAUGGCCUCAGAUUCGAGAUGAACACGUAUAAUCGAUACAGUUGUUAAACGCAGUGAAACAUCCCAGUUGGAGCGCUUUGUCCUAUCAGAUCAAGUCUUUCUAUGUAAAUAUACUCACUGCACUGAAAAAUGUUCACCAAAUCCUUUCCCAAUAAACAGUACAUCAUGGAA